AUGACAACCUCGUCUGCUGCGGCAGCAUCUUCAAAGCCUCCUCGCCCGCGAUCUCCACACUUUCCCCCACACAAUGCUCCCCGCGUGUGGCUCCUCGUACACGGUACUUCGCCUAUCAACAUUGCUCUAGCCCGGAAGGUCAUUGAGUAUGGAGACUAUGUUGUAGCAGGCGUGCUACCAGUGGAGUAUGAGCGGGACGAGGAGAGGAUGUCGGAGUUCAAGGAGUUUCUGGAAGAGGCUAAGAGGACGGAGAGGUGGAGGGAGAGGCUGAGGGUUGUGGGACUGGAUGCAAGAGUUAUGGGGCAAUGUCAGGCUGCUGUGGCUGAAGCAGUCGAAGCUUUUGGAAGAAUUGAUGUGCUUCUAGGGAGCACUAGUGAAGCUGUUGUUGGAACAAUUGAGGAGCUGGCUCAGUCGGCCCGGACACAAGCUGUCGCGCGCGAUCAGUUUGAGAUCAACUUCUUUGCCAACGUCAAUAUCAUAAAGGCGGUCCUACCGAGCAUGAGAGAGAAGAAGAAUGGACACAUCAUCAUGCUGACGGCGAUAACAAGCCAUCUUGGCACUCCGGGCCUAGGACUCUACUGUUCGUCUCAAUGGGCUAUCGAGGGGUAUUGCGACAGCAUCGCAUACGAAAUCGCUCCGUUCAACAUCAAAGUCACCAUCGUGCAGCCGAACUUUGAAAUCACCGUCCUGACAAACCGCAUUACUUCCGUACCCCCUAUGCCAGAGUACUCUCCGGACGUGAACCCAGCGCCUUUAUCUCGAGAAUUACUUAGUGGCAUUCUAGACAGACUUGAAGGUAGCAAGGGCGCCGUUGCCACUCCGACAGAGGACUCCACCGCCAUGGCAGAUGAUGCGCCGUCCCCGGCAAGUACUGUGCACAACCCGACCUUGGGCGACCAGCUCUCUACUGAGAAUGUAACAUCGCUAUACCCGCCCCUUGUACCAAGUUUCAAAGACCCGCUCAUCGCCGAGACCGUACAUGCCCUCACAGCGAUUGGCGGUCAUGACAAUCCUCCAGCGAGGCAUAUUGUCGGCCUGGAGGGCGUCAUGGCCGUCAAGGAGAAGCUGAAGACUGUGAGUGAGGAGCUUGAGGAUUUCAUAGAGGUCAGCAAUGCUGUUGAUAUAACGAAAGACGAGGAAACGCUAGGAUAGGGAGGACAAGCAGGCUCAUGGCCGCAAACGGUGUAUUAGUAAGGGCAUUGUUACAUUUAGUUACUCUUCUCGAAAUCGACCAUGCUAUGCGGUUCCUGC